GUGGACUUCUGGCUUCCAGAACUGUUGUCUUACCAGUUUGUGUUGGUUUGUUACCGCAGCUACAAGAAACAAAUACACUUUGGAACAAACAGCCCCAAAGCGCAGAGGCAGAACUCGGCAAUCAGUUAUCCUGGCUGGGGGCCUGCGGGCUGGCCGGGGCUCAGCUCACCAGGCUCGGCUCCGUGGGGGUGGCUCUGCCCCAUCUCAUACCCUCCUCCUGGGACCAGCAGGAGGCAGAAGCACAGUAGGGCAGAGGGAGCCGCCUUCGGCCUGGACUCAGAACUGGAACAUUGUCGCUUCCACCCGCAUGCCAUGGCCAAGCCAGCCGCGUGGGCCAGCACAAAGUUAUGGGACUGGAAGAACCCUCUCCCCCGGAGGAGACCCUGGCGAGGUGUCGGAGCCCCAGGCUGCCCACAGUGCCCCGGAGAAGCCGGCCAGCACGGCGAUCCUGUGUAACACCUGCGGGAACGUGUGCAGGGGGGAGGUGCUGCGGGUGCAGAGCAAGUACUUCCACAUCCAGUGCUUCGUCUGCAAAGAAUGCGGCUGUGACCUGGCCGAGGGCGGCUUCUUCGUGCGGCAGGGCGAGUACAUCUGCACCCAGGACUACCAGAGACUGUAUGGGACCCGCUGCUUCAGCUGCGAUCAGUUCAUCGAGGGCGAGGUGGUGUCGGCGCUGGGCAAGACCUACCACCCAAACUGCUUCGUGUGUGCCGUCUGCCGGUUGCCCUUCCCGCCCGGGGACCGAGUGACCUUCAACGGCAAGGAAUGCAUGUGCCAGAAGUGCUCCCUGCCCACCUCAGCGGGCAGCAGCGUGCCCCUGUCCCAGGGCCUCUGGAGUUGCAAGGGCUGCGGAGUGGAGAUCAAAAACGGCCAGUCCCUGGUGGCCCUGGAGAAACACUGGCAUCUGGGCUGUUUCAAGUGCAAGACGUGCGGGAAACAACUGAACGCGGAGUAUAUCAGCAAGGAUGGGCUGCCCUACUGUGAGGCGGACUAUCACAGCAAGUUCGGGAUCCGCUGCGAUGGCUGUGAGAAGUACAUCACGGGGCACGUGCUGGAGGCGGGGGAGAAGCACUUCCACCCUCUGUGUGCGCUAUGUGUUGGGUGCGGCCGGAUGUUCGCGGAAGGCGAGGAGAUGUAUCUGCAAGGCUCCUCCAUCUGGCACCCGGCGUGUCGACAGGCAGCCAGAACUGAAGACAAAAGCAAGGAAACCAGAACCUCUUCAGAGAGCAUCAUUUCCGUCCCUGCUUCCAGCACCUCAGGGUCUCCGAGCCGCGUGAUUUAUGCCAAGCUGGGUGAUGAGAUCCUUGACUACAGAGACCUGGCCGCUCUCCCUAAGAACAAGGCCAUCUACAGCAUCGACCGCCCCGACAUGAUCUCCUACUCACCCUUCAUCAGCCACUCGGUGGGGGACAGGCAGAGCUGCAGCGAGUCCCCGCGGCUGCUCUCGCCGACGCCGCCCGAGGGGUAUCAGGAUGACCGCUCCUACAAGCAGUGCCGGACCUCCAGCCCGAGCUCCACCGGCUCGGUCAGCCUCGGCCGUUACACCCCGACCUUGCGGUCGCCCCAGCACUACAGCCGUCCAGCCGGGCGGCGAUCGGAUGGGGAGGACGGAAGUUUCGACGCGGAUAACAGGAAGCAGAAGACCAACUGGCUGCUUCUCAAGGGGGACGGAGACACUAGGACCAACUCUCCAGACCUAGACAGCCAGUCUUUGGCCCACAGUAGCGGGACUGAUAGAGGUCCUCUCCAAACGAUGCCAGGGGACAACAUUUACUCACGUGAGUGGUUCUUUUGAGCAAGGAGCUGUCAGUGUGGCAUGAAAGUCCUUACAGAAAAGGGGCCCACAACCUCGAGCCAAUCCCCCCCAGAUCUAAGCCUUGCUCAUUAAAAACUACGAGAGCAAACCCACAGAGUGGCGAGCCCGGUAGGAAGCAGACCAGUAGCCGUGUGCCGGCUUCCCUUGGUGACACCCUGAUUCAGCCAGCCUGCUGCCCAAGGGCCACGCCAGCGUCUCCCGGAACUCUCCAGAGCCGGCAAGAGGGCAGAAGGCCAACUCAGGCUCCUGGGCUCCUUUGGGAAAAGGGCUUGCAGGCUGCCAGGCUGGAAGUUGAGGGCCCGGCUCCCUCCGGAGCGGACAGGAGCAUGGUCCAGGGGGGGCGAGUCCAGACUCGGAGCCGAGAACGGCAUUAUCUUGUCUCCUGUGCUCAUCCUGGGCGAGGGGCCGGGAGCUGGGACUACAGAUCCUCAGGGAGUGCAGGAGACAAAGACCCCGUCUGCCUGAUCCGGGGGGUCGUGAAGCUGCAGUAGGCGUGACCUUCGGAUGCCGGGCCAAACUCCCCAUAUAACAUUCUUCACGUCCAGAGGCUGUAAAUUACAGGCGGAAACGACAGCAAGCUGUCGUCUGAUGCCCGCGGUAGACGGUGGGCAGAGUCUUUGGGUCUCAGCAGCUGUGGGUGGGUUUCUGUGGACAAGCUGGGGGCUUAGCUUGGAAGCAGAGGCCAGGAGGGGAUGGUUGUGGACGUGAGAAAGCCAAGGAGAGACACUGGCUUUGCCGUAAGACAGACCUGAGUUCAGAUGUUGGCUCACCACUCGCUGGGCCCCAUUUUCACCUGUGUGCCUGGCGGGGUCGUUAGAGACCCGGAGGAGGUGGCACGUGUGCAGCCAGCACUUGGCCGGGCCCGUAGUAGGUGCUCAUCGUCAUCACCACCAUUCUCGUGACUGUAAACCGUCUCGCAAAUGAAAGUGCGUGUGUUCCGACGUGGGAAGAGGGUGAGAAGCGUGGAGGUGAUCACUGGUUAAAGAAGACGCCUAAACAGAGAAAGCAUGUGUCGUUUUGUGUGUGAUCUCUGUAAGCAGAUGUCUGUGUGCCCCGGGCCCCGUCCGCCUGGGCCUCUGCUCUCUAAAUGGACCCAGAGCCGGAGCACAGGGCUGACAUCCCCGUUGGAAGGUCACACCGGAGAGUCCCCCAGAGGACACCAAAGCGUUAGCCCCGGGACUCGAGAGCACCCAGGAAAGGACUAUCUGGGGUCCUCAGGGUGGUCUUUUCUAGCUUCAGUCCUUCCCUUGCUGGGAGGUGGGUGGGCCUGCAUCUGCAGCUCCCCGUGCUGUCUCUCCUCAGGGGGGCAGCUGCUGUCCCCAGGGAGUCCCACUUACCUUCCGGUCUGCCUGUGGCUUGGGGCUUAGGGAGGUGGGGACACCAUCUGCGGAGAAGCCUGGGCAGGAGACGGGCCGCCCCGUGGGGACCUCCCUGUGCCGCGCUGACCCGUUCGUGUUUCCUCACCUCUGUGCACUGCUUCCUCGUCUGCACGUGCUGGACGAGGCGCCCUGCGGUCGUCCCAGGCGUCCCCCAGGCAGUAGGCCCUGCGAGACCCGGAGGCUGUGCAAGUGUUUUGGCCAGUCACACACCUUCAAGGUCUGUUUGUCAGCCCCGUUCCUUGCUGCCGUGUUCCGGUAACAAGCUGCAGGUGUAGCCGCGGAUGGGAAUGGACCGCCUCCCAUCCAGGUGCGCCCGGCCGGCAGGAACUGGAAAGCCUAUGCUAGAAUUCGUGCUCUAACUGGGGCGAACCCUGCAAAGUACAAACAACCUGCGUGUGUGUGUAUGUGUGUGUGUGUCCUCCUCCUUCAGGGCAGGCUCACGAUGACCAUGACAAUGGUUCUGUCAUCCCUUCGCUUUCUACACAUGUUCUGAUGUCAGUUCCUCCGAAUGGGAAACCCACUGUGUCUAACAAUUGCAAUUGUGCCUUUAUUUCUGUCCUGGUGACAUCGCCUUGUUUCCCAAUGUGCAUGGAAAUAGCAGCGAGGACCCAGGCUGCUGGUCGUGCCUAGGUCAGGCGUGCCUUGCUAUCUGCCGGCCUCUUGAGACAUUUGGACGGGAUGAGCACACUCUUAAACUGAGAAGAGAGGGGUAUCCGCCUUCUUUUCUCGGGUUCCUUCCAAUCUCACCAUGUAGCCCCCAACUGUGAGUCCAUCGACACCAGUUUCGUUUGCAAACAACCGUUAUUGAACGAAGUGUUUGCAUGUGGCAAGGCGCACCUGCCUGCAUCCCUGGGACAUCCAUCUGUAGCGCCCCAAGGAGGGUAGGAUUGUGACACUCAACACAGUGGGCGCUCAAUAAAUGUUUGUUGAAUUGAGAUGCAUUAAAUUCAACGGGUAUUUAUUGAGCACCCACUCUGUGCCAGACGCUGUGUAGGGCACCGAGGGGGAGACCGAGAAGACAAGAGCAGCCCCUGACCCAGAGACGCGUGCAGGGAGCUGGGACAGGCAAAGACGCCGUUGAGAGCAAGUGCACACGCACCCUGCCGCCACCUGCCUGGGGUCCCCCGUGGGCUCUCCCGGGCCACGCACAACCUCAUCCCACUCAUGACACCAUCAGCACAUCUCACCUGAGACUAAGUUCAUCAUUCAGUCAUUCAUCCACCCCUUCACCAGACAUUAACUGAGCACCUACUAUGUGCUGAACACAGUGCUAGGCAGCGGAGAGGAGGUGGUGAAUAUGGCCCAGUGCCUGUUCCCCAGGGAAGCAGACAACUGACAAACCAGCGUGACAUCCCUCUCCGCUAUGGCAGUGGUUCUCAGCCAACACUGACAGCCCCUGCGAAGGAGGUGUCAUUGAAAUACACACUGUAUGACAGACAGCUCGUUUUCCUUUAUGCUACACUUAGGGCAUUACCUGGACUAUGCAUGUAGUAGGUUAUAUUAUUGAUGAAUCUGAUUUCUGCACAGGAAAGGGAUGGUACUGAUUUUCUGUUACAAGAAGAGGGUCUUGAGCCUUACAGGAUGGGAUUCACUGCCCCAGCAGAACACGAGGUGGUGUGGGCCCCCCUCCCCUGGUCUAGACCCUGUGGGCCGGCCUGCUGCUGCUCUGGGUCCCACCUUCCUAACCCUUCACGUCCUGUCCUCCCUUCUGAGGUUUCCCACAUCCCCUCCGGGUGGUCACAGGUGUGCUGAAGUAAGACAAAGCCCCAGGCCAGCUGGAGACCCUUCCCUGAGGGCUCAGUGACCUGUGGAAAGGACCCCACCCUGCCAAAGGGAAUAAGGCCCUUCCUCAAAUCCCAGCACGUGAGGGGAGUUAGAGUGGGCUUGGAGGUCGGGGUGAGGGAAGCCCCCACCUUAGAGACCAAGGCGGUGCAGAUGGCUGGUCCCAUGGGGACCACUGCACGCCCACCCGGCCUGUGGUUUUGCCGUUUUACGUCACCCUCUGUGUGUCUGUCCCCGUGGAGUCCCGUCCCCUUGUCUUCGCCUGCUGCCCACCCAGUCCGGGCCUGGUCUGGAGCUGGGAUCCGAGAUUGCUUCCUGGGUCACCCACCCCCAAGCGCCCACCAGUGUGAAGCUCGGGAGACAGCACCUCUGUUCCACUUUUCCUUCCCUGCUGGCAGGAGGAAAGCGGGUUUGAGGCCUGGCCAGAAGUGGCUUUCCUCACCCCCUGUUAAGUCCUCUGGAGUUUCCAGGCAAGAAAAAGUCAUUCUCACAUUUCUUAGUCCACGGCUGAAAGAGAGAGAGACCUGAUUCGCUGUCUGCCAACCCCAUGAGAAUUUUGGGGGGUUGGCCAUCCUCAGUCUGGGCAUUGGGACCUGAGGACCCCAGGGGCAGGAUCCACGAGCAUCACCCUGACGGGACCUCAGUCCUGGCCCUCAUUUUUGGACAAGCAAGAGAAGGCCCAGAGACAGGGUGUGACCGCCGAACAGGUCCUGGGGCCUGAGCAGAGGCCAAACAGACAGCACCCCAGCCCCAGGAGCUGACGGUCCAGAGGAGGCGGGGACACAGACAAAAAGCACGUUAGAAAGUAAGGCCUAUGGCGCGUGCAGGUCGGGGGGGCCAGGCGCUGCCGAUGGCUCGGGGAAGGGAGGUGCUGAGUGAGCAGGCUUGAGGGCUGCAGGCUCGAAGGGGUAGGUGUGGGAGUGAGCCCUCCUCACACAGGUGAAGCCUGGCUGCUGGGCCCUGCGGGAGGGCUGGAGCCCGGGAUGCGCAGGGUCACAGAGGGCUCUGUGGGCCUUGGGAGGCUCGGCCUGGCCUCGGAGUGGAGGACAGGCCUAGGGGUUCUCAGCAGAGCCCCGGCCGCCUCUGACUGAGGUUUCAGCCGGACUGUCGGGGCAGGAGGGGAAUUGCCGUCAUCCAGGCUGGGGGAGGGUUCUGGGGGAGGUAGUCUUUUGGGGGUGUCCUGGGGUGUUCUGAGCAGCAGUUUGGGAAACAGGAAGCCAGUGGGGAGGCGGGAGAGGACAGCCAGAAACAGCUGGUCUGUGCGUGAUGCUGGGAAUUUUCUUCUCUGUCUGCUGGGGCCCGGGGUCGGUGCGGCAGGGCCGUGAGCAGGAGGUGAGGUGAUGUGUUUUAUGUGUUCAGACACUGAUGGGCAGCUUUGCAGAGGAUAGACUGGAGGCUGCUGGGCCGGGGCUCAAGGGACUGGGGUGUCCAGAUAAGCCAUGGGGAGGCCCCCCUGAACAGUCUAAACAGCAGGACUGGUGCAAGCAGUCGAGGAGGGGUGGGGCGGGGGGCGCGGAAUCAGGAAUGGCCGGGGCGUCCUGGCGCAGGUGGGUGGAGGCAUCUCUGUUCACAGCUGGGCAGGAACAAGGUGGGUUCUUCACGUUGAGUCGGGAGGCCGAGAUGCCCAGACGGAGCUGCCGGGCCAUGGACGGAUGGGCUGGGCGCUCAGGAGAGGAUUCUGGGCUGUAGGCAGAGUCACAGGGGUCCUGGGCUCCCGGAUGGGCCCCGGGGACGUGGGGGUGGGUAACCUGAGACCCAGGCCCUCCCUCAGGUGGGUUCCUGAGCUGUGUUACUUCUCAGAAGGGUCUGAGGCCCAAAGAAACUGUGACUCUCCUGCUCAGAGCCUACCUCACUCCCCAGUCCUCGGGCCCUGUUUCCCAUCUCCGUCAGACGCAGCGGGAAGAUGGAGAAAGUGUGGGCAGGGGGAGGCCCAGGGAUGGAGAGAGCCCAGGCCAGCGGAGGGGGCGGGGGAAGGCUGGGAGGGAGAGGCCCGAGGGAGAUGGACGGCUUGCGUCCGGCACCCGGCAUCCAGCAGGUGGCUGGGACUCCCCUGGGGCAGAGCCCGCUGGGGAGGGCAUGGCCCGCCCGGCCUCCAGCUGGAGGGACAGAGUACCCUCUGCCCCCUGCUCACGUUCGGCCCCAGCAAGAGCAGUGAGGGUUCCAGACGUCAGGGAGGGGACCUCGGCCCAGGAGAAGCCACCUCCAGGUGCGAGAGGGGGGCACCAGGACAGAGCCCUCUGCCGUUCCCUGGGGGCUGGCUGGGACUCUUCGCUUUUAGCAAAGGUCCCUGUGCCCCCCGUGAUGGGCAGGCUUGCCCCCAGCUGGGGAACUGGACAGGGUGUGGCCUCAGAUUUGUGGGCAGGGGUGCAGGCAGUGCCUGAGACCCUCAGGCGUCUGGGGGAAGGAGCCCACGUCCCAGGUCACAGCUCUCAGGGCCUCCUCUGUCCCCCUACACACAACUCUGCCCGGGUCUUGAGGUGUUCCCACCCACCUGGGAGCUCUGUCUCCCCUCCCCCGAACCCCACCGGAAGCACCUUAUCUAUGACCCUGUUUGUCCUUUUCUCCCCUGAGGACCGUUAGCUCCUGGGGAGCAGGGUCCAGAUGGGCCCCCCGUGCCUCCCCCUGUGCCCACAGCAGCCCCCCAGUGAGUGCCCACGGGGCGGCGGGUGCCCAGGUCUUCCCUCCUUCGUGGGCCCCAGCACGGUGGGGGCUAGGAGGGGAGCGACAGAGUGCAUGAGAUCACGUGAGGGGUCAGCAGAGAUGGCUAGAUGUGGGUGCGAUCCCGCUGGGUUGAAUCCUCGCCUCUCACUUGCUAUGUGACCUUGGGUACGAGAGCAAACUUCUCUGAGUUUGGAAUCGCCUCGUCUGUAAAAGUGGGGAUGUUCCCGUCCUCCUGGCAGGCGGCACCCGGGCUUUGGGGCUCAAACGUGGGCAUCCUGUGGGCUGAGCCCCGGGGUGUCACACAGAGCUGGUCAGAUCCACAAGCCAGCCAUGGUGAGUGGACCCCUCUCGCUUGCUUCUGAAGCCUGAAGCUCAGACGGCCCAAGGGGCCUCCUGUUCAUGUUCCUAGGGGCUGAAGGGGGUCCCAGCCCCUCCUUCCUCAGACGGGGAUGCCAAGGCUCACAGAGGGGACCCGAACCUGCACAGGGCCACGCAGCUGCGAGCUUACACGUUCGCACAUCAGUGAACUGAAAACCGUUCACCAGCCCGGUGAAACUGACGAAGAUCUGCCCAGGGAAGUGGCUUCCUCACCGUCGUCCACAAAGCACCCUGGAUGCUCUGAUGAGCCGUGUGCCUGUGGCUGCACCUGGAAUAGUCAUCCACCUGCAAGGGGCCUCUCCUUGCCCACCCAUCCAGUGGCUCCUCUAACCUCUGACAAGCCAGCCCAGAAGACGGACAGACCCAAGGAGACCCAAGGUCAAUCCCAGCAGAAUGCUGAGGGCAAGGUUGCCACGGGUGGGCUUCUGGGAGGAGGUGACGGGGAGCCUAGUUAGGCUGAGCUUGGACAUGGGGCGUGGGCAGGUGUCCAGUGGUUACAGGGCCUGAUACAACUCGGGGUCACGAGUACCCAGCUGCCACCUGUCCAGGUCCGGCACACCUGCCUUCUCCCUGUGUGCCUUCUCUCUCUCUCCAAUAUACACACAGCACACACUCUUAAGGCCAGCCAAUGCCACAGGCCAGGCAGGUCCCUAGAAGACUCCCACGCCUGCAAACCCUCACCAGGGCAGAGCUGCUGGAGCAGAUAGGGUUACUGGUUCCCGAAGCUAGGGUCCUGGGAGAUUGUCUCAUCCUCUUCGUGAGUAACAAUUUGGUAUUAUACAGGUCACUUAAUUUCACUAGGCCUCAGCUUCCUGAAACGUAAAAUGGGCUCAUGUGUAAUGCCUUGGCUUGUGACGGUCAAGAAAAUCUCUGAGUACGUGAGGGGACCUUUUAAAUGGGUGGUUCUCAAUCUCGGCUGCACGUGGGAUCCUGGGACCUCGGAAAUCUACUGAUGGCUGGUCCCAUCCCAAGAGAGGCCAAUUCUAAUGGGUCUUGAUAGCAUCCCAGGGAUGUGAUCUCUCCCUGCUCUUUCCCACUCAGUACAACUGAAAGGCCCAAGAACAGUAGGGCAGUAGACAAUCACAGAACUCUGGAGGGUAGAGAGAGAAAGGUGGACUGGCCAGAGAACUGAGGACUUGAGGAAAUAUGCGGGACCAGUGUCUCUCACCUCCCAUGCAGUGGACAAGGUGACCAAGUAGAUGACUGCCCUCCCUGGUACCCAGCAGAAGGCCCACUGGCACCCAGCAGCCUAGAGAAUAGGCCCAGGGAAACACGCUCCAUCCAUGGCUGGUGUCUCCCACCCCCACCUCGGGGUACGGGGCAACCGGGGAAGCACCUGUCACCCCAGCCUGCUACCAGAAACACCAGGUGGACGCAGCAGACCAGAAGAGCACUUUAACUAAACUGACUUCAGACUCACAGCCCAUAAUAAGCCAUGCCCCACAUGUUAAACCUAAGCACAGGGACAGCCUGCUGACAUGGAAAACUUAGCUAGGAUCCAGGUCUCCCAACCUAACAUCCGAAUGUCCAGGAUGCAGUGGAAAAUCACUCCUCACACCAAGAACCGUGAAGAUAACUAUUUGAAUGUGAAAAGGCAAUCAACACAUCCUAACACGGAAAAGAAUCAGAUAUUGGAAUUAUCCUGAGAAGGAUUUUUAAGGCAGUCAUCGCAAAACUGCUUCAACAAACAAUUGCAAAUACUCUUGAAACAAAUGAAAAAGAAAAAAAGAAAAUCUCACAGAAGAAAUACAAGUUAUACAAAAAAGAA